UCUUUCAAGUUAUCUCGCCUCUUUUUUCUUCCGUUUCGUCUUUCUGCAAUUGUUGGUGCUCAAAGGGUUCUAAAUCGUCUGCUUUCUUCCUACUUUGUUACUUCUUCAGCUGUAUUUUUACCUGCAGGAACGAUAUAUGGUGCCAAGGAUCAAGUGUAAGCCACUGCCAAGAAACAAGCUUCUAAGCCCAAUUAUAUUUCAUGAUGGUCGUUUAGUUCAGAGGCCAACUCCUCUAGUUGCCCUCUUGACCUUCCUAUGGAUGCCAAUUGGUAUUAUACUCUCUCUCCUAAGGGUUUGCCUUAACAUCCUUCUGCCACUAAGAAUUGCUUGGUACUACUAUAAGGUUCUGGGAAUAAGGGUCAUAAGGAAGGGUACCCCUCCACCACCACCAAAGAAAGGUCAAAGUGGAGUGCUAUUUGUUUGUAACCACCGUACAGUUGUAGACCCUGUGGUUAUAGCUGUUGCACUAGGAAGGAAAAUUAGCUGUGUCACAUAUAGUAUAAGCAAAUUCACUGAAAUCAUUUCACCAAUCAAAGCAGUGGCACUAUCAAGGGAGAGAGAGAAAGAUGCGGCCAACAUCAAGAAAUUGCUUGAAGAAGGAGACUUGGUGAUUUUCCCUGAAGGCACCACAUGCAGAGAACCUUUCCUUUUGAGGUUCAGUGCUCUUUUUGCUGAGCUAACUGAUAGGAUUGUCCCUGUUGCCAUCAACACAAAGCAAAGUGUGUUUCAUGGGACCUCGGUUCGCGGGCACAAAUUGUUGGACCCUUAUUUUGUGUACAUGAAUCUUAAGCCAACAUAUGAGAUCACUUUCUUAGACCAGUUACCAACAAAACUCACCUGCAAGGGAGGGAAAUCUGCAAUUGAAGUUGCAAAUUAUAUUCAAAUGGUUCUUGCGGGGAGUCUGGGGUUUGAGUGCACCAAUUUAACAAGGAAGGACAAGUAUACCAUGCUUGCAGGAACAGAUGGAACGGUUCCAUCUAAGAAGAAUGCUUGAAUUUGGACAGGCACAAAGUAAAUCUUCUCUGAUUUUCUCUAUUGGUUAGGUUGUUUCCAAAGUCCAAACACUUGGAAUUGUUAGAGGAAUAAAAACCAUGUGUUUGUUCCCAUAAAAAUAUCAGUUAAUGUAUAUUGUUAUUAUAUAUAAUGAUAAUAAAUACCAAUUAUAGUUCA